CCCCCCACCCCCCCCCCCCCCCACCCCCCCCCCCCCCCACCCCCCCCCCCCCCCACCCCCCCCCCCCCCCACCCCCCCCCCCCCCCACCCCCCCCCCCCCCCACCCCCCCCCCCCCCCACCCCCCCCCCCCCCCACCCCCCCCCCCCCCCACCCCCCCCCCCCCCCACCCCCCCCCCCCCCCACCCCCCCCCCCCCCCACCCCCCCCCCCCCCCACCCCCCCCCCCCCCCACCCCCCCCCCCCCCCACCCCCCCCCCCCCCCACCCCCCCCCCCCCCCACCCCCCCCCCCCCCCACCCCCCCCCCCCCCCACCCCCCCCCCCCCCCACCCCCCCCCCCCCCCACCCCCCCCCCCCCCCACCCCCCCCCCCCCCCACCCCCCCCCCCCCCCACCCCCCCCCCCCCCCACCCCCCCCCCCCCCCACCCCCCCCCCCCCCCACCCCCCCCCCCCCCCACCCCCCCCCCCCCCCACCCCCCCCCCCCCCCACCCCCCCCCCCCCCCACCCCCCCCCCCCCCCACCCCCCCCCCCCCCCACCCCCCCCCCCCCCCACCCCCCCCCCCCCCCACCCCCCCCCCCCCCCACCCCCCCCCCCCCCCACCCCCCCCCCCCCCCACCCCCCCCCCCCCCCACCCCCCCCCCCCCCCACCCCCCCCCCCCCCCACCCCCCCCCCCCCCCACCCCCCCCCCCCCCCACCCCCCCCCCCCCCCACCCCCCCCCCCCCCCACCCCCCCCCCCCCCCACCCCCCCCCCCCCCCACCCCCCCCCCCCCCCACCCCCCCCCCCCCCCACCCCCCCCCCCCCCCACCCCCCCCCCCCCCCACCCCCCCCCCCCCCCACCCCCCCCCCCCCCCACCCCCCCCCCCCCCCACCCCCCCCCCCCCCCACCCCCCCCCCCCCCCACCCCCCCCCCCCCCCACCCCCCCCCCCCCCCACCCCCCCCCCCCCCCACCCCCCCCCCCCCCCACCCCCCCCCCCCCCCACCCCCCCCCCCCCCCACCCCCCCCCCCCCCCACCCCCCCCCCCCCCCACCCCCCCCCCCCCCCACCCCCCCCCCCCCCCACCCCCCCCCCCCCCCACCCCCCCCCCCCCCCACCCCCCCCCCCCCCCACCCCCCCCCCCCCCCACCCCCCCCCCCCCCCACCCCCCCCCCCCCCCACCCCCCCCCCCUCCCCCCCCUCCACCCCCCCACCCUCCCCCCCC